AUGGCCGCCGGGGGUAAGUCGCAGCGCAAGCGACUGCAGCGACAGCUAGAGUUCUAUCUAAGCGAGAGCAAUCUUCGCCAAGACAAGUUUUUGCAGCAGGCCAUGGACGAGCAGGGCUUCGUGCCUGUGCACGUUCUUCUGUCCUUCAACAAGUUGAAGAUGCUCAAGGCAACCGAACGCAUGAUUUUGGAUGAGGCAGAGAAGUCAUCGGCGAUUCGCGUCGAUCGUCCGCGCUCUUGCAUCGCGGCGAAGGUCGUGCCAGCGGGUGACCAAAGUGACGACGCAGACGCCAGAACGAUCUAUAUCGACAGCUUCAGUGCUACGGACGACCACGAUUCGCUGCGACGCGUCUUCGCCAAAUUUGGCAAGGUGAACCUGGUGAGCUUGCCGAGAUUUCCGCAAAGCAAGAAGUUUAAGGGUUUUGGCUUUGUGGAGUUUUCUGAUCAGCAUAUUGCUGACGCUGUUGUCAGCUCGUCGAACGCAAAUUUAAAUGGGGUUCGCGUCAUGAGUAAGACGCGAUGGCUCGAGAUGAAGGAGCAAUUGAAACGUCAGUUGUACCGCACUGACGUAGCUGCAGGCACUGGUAGUGAUAAAGCCGAUGCACCAGACGGAUCUAAAAGCUGUGAGUUGGGCAACAGUGCCGUUACUAUUACCAAAACAAAGAAGCGUCGGACACCAACGGCAAGAGAGCACGUACAUUUCGGUGACGAUAAUAUCAACGAAGGAGCUACUAAGAAACACAAAGUAUAA